CUCGUACAUUACUUUUCUUUUAGACGUUCCCGCCUGGAUGCAGAUCUGGUCGGAAACUUGUGUUCAAGUUACACCUUUUUCGUACCGUUUGAGCCUGUUUCCGCCCUUUCUCUUUCUUGUCUCUCCUUACCAGCUAUUGUACCAUAGCCAGCAUGUUCUGUCUUCUCAACAAGUAUUAAUUCAUGAAGCUAUCUUUAAUGAUAUUUUCCAAUGUCUAUGUCUUAUUGGAGGUGUCUGGUCUCCAUCCUAUUGCCUCUACUCUGCCUACUUAACCAGACUUUGGCCUCAACAAUUUCAUCGACCCCUGUUCCUCCUCUCACCAUUCUUCCAAGUCUUAAUUGGUAAGUCAUUGUCGAUCCUCAAAAGUCUAUCUCACCACGUCAUUUGUUAACACUAUCAUCAGGAAUGGUAUUGACGGAAACUGGUCAAGCUUUUGGCUCACAGUGGGAACACCUUAUCAACCCGUCCAAAUUUUCAUAUCAACAGCAAGUAACCAACCUUGGGUUAUAUCACCAGAUGGGUGUACUCCAUCAGACCCAGGAACUUGUCUUGGCUCGCGAGGUCUGAAUUAUAAUUCGAGCGGGUCAACCACAUGGUACGUAAACUACAAGAAACUUAUCAUGUCAUUAUGGUGUUAAGAAAGCUCUAGGGUGCCAAAUACCAUCAACUCAGAAGGCGAAUUUGCUUUGGAACUUGAAUCGAAUCUUGGUCUUGCUGGUGAUGGAUAUUAUGGCAGCGAUACCAUCAUGCUGGGAUCCCCAGGUAGUGGAUCUCCUUCUUUGAGUUCGCAAGUCCUCGCAACCAUCACCACUCAUGACUUUUGGCUGGGUCUCUUUGGUCUCAAUCCUGCCCCCACAAACUUUUCUGGCAAAACCGAGCCUGUCCCAAGUUAUAUGUCUAACCUCAAGUCUCAAGGUCAUAUUCCAUCAUUGUCCUAUGGCUACACUGCAGGAGCAUAUUAUCGCAAUGGUGGGGGAGCAAGUGGGGGAGGAGUAUUUGCUAAUCUUACAUUGGGCGGAUAUGAAGAGUCUCUCAUCGUUCCAAAUAAUCUUACUGUCGACUUUGCCACAAAUGGUAACGACCUGACCAUUGAUGUCAACACAAUCACAGUCACCUCAACAGGUGGGAAGUCUCAGGUCAUCUCAUCACCAUCAUCGUCCUUUCCAGCUUUCAUUGAUUCAUCCAUUCCAUACCUGUAUUUACCAACCAGCAUAUGUCAAAAGUUCGAAGAAGCUCUCGGCAUUACCUACGAUACACAAUCGGAACUUUAUUUACUCAACGAUGCCCAGUAUACCACAAUUGUCGCCAAAAAUGCGUCUGUCACAUUUACUCUCACGAAUUCCACUUCUAAAGCUAUGGUAAACAUCACACUUCCAUACGCUGCUUUCGAUUGGUGGGCCGAUUACCCAAUUGUUGAAAAGAGUACUCGCUAUUUCCCUCUUAAGCGAGCAGUCGAUGACUCUCAGAUCACACUUGGACGGGUAUUUCUCCAAGAAGCCUACCUAAUUGCCGACUACGAACGAUCACAAUUUUCCGUCCAUCAACGCAACUGGAGCACUUUCUAUCCUGCUUCAAGCCCGACAACCAUUUCCCCUCUUCAAACCCCUGCAACAUCUUCAUCCUCUUCAAAAUCUGGAAUCUCAACCUCAGCCAUAGCAGCUAUCGUCCUCGCAAUUCUUGUUUCCAUAGCUUUAACCUUGUGUCUAACAAUCUACAUUCUUCGCCGCGUCCACCAACGCAAACAAGCUCCUGGGUGGUCAAAUACUGUUUCUGCACCCUCAUCUAUUUCUUGGAGUCUUACGAAGAAAGAUUCAUUCCGCUCCGCUCCAUCUUCCCCCUUACCUCUUCCUUUCAUAUCCCAUAAAGACAAAACAGACAAAAAGUCCAGACAUGUUUCCAAAGCCCCUUCGGAACUAAGUUUCUUCGACAAAGGAACCAAUUCUGUCCUUCUCACCCCUUCCAACCGAUCAACCGUCUCUCUAAACAUAGGCAAAGCUAUCGGGAGCCCAAACCUCACCCUCGAUCCUCGAUAUAACAAUUCUAAGACCACCACAACCCGAAGCCCCAUUCACAACAAUGCAACGGAUACCAUAGUCAACAAAAACUCUAGCCUGGUCCCCACCGAACCCAAACCUACAUUUCAUCUUGCAAGUCUUUCUACACGGCGCAAGGAGCGCAAGAAAAAGCAAAAAGAAAAGGCACAGGAAAUUUAUGAAUUGAGUGGUGGCAAUGAUGAACUAUGCUGGGCAGAAUUGGACGAGAUGGACGAGGAACUCGAAGAGAUGGAUAUGGAUAGCCGAUCCAAUAGUCCCGCAUUAAGCGCCUUAAGUUUUGCAAGCAAUGCUGCUUUGAUUACAUCUAACCCUGCGAAACCCAAACCAUGGAUGGAUACCGAGCGCGAAGUUCGCGGGAGCGGAAGUAUUUUACAUAUGGGUAUGAAUAGGGAUAGUGGUAUGGAACGCAUGACCCGAAUGGAUAAAGAAGCAGAAGCUUAUCUCGAAAGAAGUGGUUGUAGUGGUAAUCAUUGGGCUGGAAAUGAUACGGUGACUACGAAUAAUAGUCAUGGAAGAGAAUCCCAUUUUACGAAUACGACAAUGGGUAUGGAUACCCCUACUGAUGGAGUUAACACUAGUGGAACGUGGGAAUUCGAAAAAUAUCUGGAUCCGAGUAAGAUGCCUUGGGUACAGAGGAGUAGCGGGUUGGGGUUUGUGGUUGAACCUCCGCCGCCUGUGGCUGUUGCGGCGAUAUCGGCCUUGAGAGACGGGGAUCAAGCGCCCGGUAAGAGAGUGGAGAUUGUAGGAGACUCGACUAGAAGUGUGGAGCAGAGGAGGGAGAGUGAGAGGGGUGUGAUUGGGGAAAGAUAUCCUUAGGUUCUCGUCUCAUUGUGUACCUCUCUUUACCUCCUAUGUAGGUCACUUUAUUGUAACAAGUCAUGUAAGAUUAAGUUAGUAUUGGAAAAGAAAAGAAAGGUCAGGAUACGCAUUACGAAGGGAGUGUAGUUUAGUACCUAUUUUUAUAUCAUUUUACGGGCAAUUUCGGAAUAGGGAUGCGGAUAUGAGUUUUAGUCUAUGAUUUGAUACCUAGGGUUGAAAAAGAAGACAGGAAAAGAUGGAAAAGAUG